AUGAGUGUCUAUGAGAAGAUAGUUUCUCAUAUGUUUUACUUGCAAGGGAAUGAUGGAAAACUUAUUGGCUGCCUGAAUGUUGAGUUUUUGUAUGAAAAAGAUAAAGACACGGAGCUGGAGACCUGUGCUUCAAAUUGCAGUACAGGGAUACUUGCUGUGAACCAUACGCGGGCUAGUAAAGCGGACACAACGGUCCUUACUACGAAUCAAAAAAUUGCAAUUGCAGCUGGAACAACUUCUGCGGUUGUCACUACUCUUGGUUUAGGACUUGUUUUUAUGAAAAGAGAUAGAGAGGCCAGUCUGAUGAUGUUCAGAUUAAGUGAAAGUCCUGACGACAAGGCAAGGGUUUGUAAAACUAUUGAUCACUUGACCGGAGACGAGUGGGGUGAGAAGAACAUACUGAAGAUGAUGCGGCUCGGCAAAAAAUGUAACAGUACUGUUAGGUCAAUUUUCAUAAAAUUCAACGAUGUCGGGGUUGAAACGCUGGUCUUCAAAAACAUUCAAAAUAUGGAGUCAAGUGAUAAAGACUUGGCUAGUGCCAGGUUGACUCACGAUCUUAGUAAUGAUCAGAGAAUUGAACUUAAGAAGUUACUAAAUGAGGCUAAAGAUAUGGAGGUGGAAUGCAAGAAGGGUUUUUUUAUACCGUUUAAGAGGUGGGAAGCUGGUAACAAUUCCGGCCGAUUAGCGAUGCCACCGGAGAUUGGUUUGUUGACAAUGUUAGGAAGCAUGACCCUGGUCAUGAAGGGCUUAUUAUAUAUUUUUGCAAAGAUUUCAGGAGAUGUCAAUAUAUCUUUCAGUACAACAGCUUCCAAUCUUGGGGUUCUUCUUGAUAGCCAACUGUCCAUGAAGGACUACAUCAAAAUGCUAUUUGUCUCUUGUAUUACGCACUUAAAAAAUUUAUUUCCAUUUAGAUUGUUGUUGGACAGACCAACAAUGGAGGGUUUAGUCCAUGUUUUCAUAUCAACACGGUUGGAUUACUGUAAUAUAUAA